AUGAAUAUUUCAUCUUUGUGGUGUGCCACUCCUUUAGAUCUAGAUGAUUACACCCUCUUGAUAUCCUAUACUACAUUGUCUCAUGUGUACGCCAUGCUGUCGACUUCUCUGUAUAUCUUAGCCGGCCUGGCCACUUGGGGCAGUGACAUCGGCACUGCUGCUCAGUCUAUUAUCACGGAUGACACGACGUUCUACGGCCAAUCGCCUCCAGUAUAUCCGUCACCAAACGGGACCGGGCUCGGGGAUUGGAUAGACUCAUAUGCAAAAGCACGAGCCCUUGUGUCUCAAUUAACUCUUGAAGAGAAGGUUAACCUUACGGGUGGUGUUCAAGUUAAUAGUUCUUGCUCUGGUAUUAUCCUUCCUAUAGAGAGAGUCAAGUUCACUGGCCUUUGUCUCAGCGAUGCUGGUAAUGGAGUGCGCACCACCAACUUCGCCUCGAGUUGGGCCUCCGGCAUUUCGGUUGGUGCAAGUUGGAAUCGCGAAUUGGCUCAUAAGAGAGCUGUUGGCAUGGCUGGCGAGUUCCGAGCGAAAGGUGUUCACAUCGCGUUGGGUCCCGUUGUUGGUCCAUUAGGUCGCAUCGCAUCGAGCGGACGAAAUUGGGAAGGUUUCUCAAAUGACCCCUAUUUAUGUGGCGCUCUAGCUGCCGACACUAUCAAAGGUAUACAGUCAGUAGGAGUCGCGACGAGCACAAAGCACUUCAUCACAAAUGAGCAGGAGACGAAUCGAAAUCCUGAGGGUAACGUUACGGCUGUUUCAUCAAACAUUGAUGAUAAGACCAUGCAUGAAUUAUAUCUCUGGCCUUUCCAAGAUGCAGUGAAGGCUGGCACGGUAAACAUAAUGUGUUCAUAUAAUCGGAUCAACAAUAGCUAUGGCUGUGCCAAUAGUAAGACCCUAAACGGACUUCUGAAGACAGAGUUAGGAUUCCAGGGUUUCGUCGUCUCAGACUGGUGGGCUCAGCACUCAGGUGUCGCUACAGCAUUGGCUGGUCUAGAUAUGACCAUGCCCUUCGCCUCGCCAUACUGGUCCAGUAAUCUCACACAAGCUGUCAAAAAUGGGUCCGUUCCCGAAUCUAGACUGGACGACAUGGCAACAAGAAUUAUAGCUACAUGGUAUAAGCUGGGUCAGGAUGAGGGGUUUCCUGAAAUAGGCAAAGGGAUGCCGUAUGAUCUCUCUCAGCCCCAUCAGCGAGUCAUUGCAAAGUCGCCCAGCAGUAAGGGUAUUUUGCUACAGGGUGCUGUCGAAAGUCAUGUCUUGUUAAAAAACACCAACAAUGCACUUCCCCUUAAGUCGCCCAAGCUAAUCUCCUUGUUUGGAUACUCUGCAAAAUCAUUCGACGUAUAUACACCCGGGGGCGGUGGCUGGAAUGGAGGUUCGGAGUCGUUGGCGCCCUCUGAUUUGAUCCCUAAUGGUGACGAUGUGACCCAUACCCAGAUUGCCGCCAACGGUACAUUGAUCAGUGGCGGCGGAUCUGGCGCAAAUAUGCCAGCCUACGUCAGUUCUCCUGCGGCAGCAUUGAGUCAGCGUGCCUAUGAGGACGACACAAGCCUAUGGUGGGACUUCCACAGCGGGAACCCUCAAGUUGACCAAUCCUCCGAUGCCUGCAUCGUUGUCGGCAACGCUUUCGCGUCGGAAGGUUUUGACCGGCCCGGGCUACACGAUGAUUUUACUGACGCUCUCAUCACCAACGUCGCGUCUCAGUGCAAUAACACAAUUGUAGUGUUCCACAACGCAGGUGUUCGCCUUGUCGAACAAUUUAUCGACCACCCUAACGUAACAGCUCUUAUCUUCGCGCAUCUACCCGGUCAAGACUCAGGUAGGGCUUUGACUUCUAUCCUCUACGGCGAUGUCAAUCCUUCAGGCAAACUGCCGUACUCGGUGCCGCGCAACGAAUCGGAUUACGGCCCGCUCCAACACGCGACUCUUCCUGAUGAUAUAUAUGAGCUAUUCCCACAGUCGGACUUCACGGAGGGCGUAUACAUCGACUACAGAGCUUUUGACGCCAAGAACAUAACGCCUCGCUACGAGUUCGGCUUCGGUCUAAGUUACACCACCUUCGACUACUCUGAUCUCCAGAUUUCCAAAGUCGAAGACGCCGAUACCUCGUCUUAUCCAUCAAAGCCCAUCGUUGAGGGUGGUCAAGAAGACUUAUGGGACGUAGUAGCGAAGGUCUCUGCGACAGUAAGUAAUUCCGGUUCCAUCCAGGGUGCCGAGGUCGCCCAACUCUACGUCGGCAUCCCCAACGGCCCUGUAAAACAACUACGUGGAUUCUCCAAGCCGGUACUUGCACCGGGGGAAUCGGCGGUAGUCGAUUUUGAUUUGACAAGAAGAGACUUGAGCACGUGGGAUGUGAUCGCACAGAAAUGGCUCUUACAGAAAGGCGACUAUGGUGUCUUUGUUGGAUCUAGUAGCCGGACGUUACCUUUGACUGGGACCUUAUCGAUCUAA